CGAUUGGUUCUCCAAGGAGCAAAGCGUCAUCUGAGCAAACGACGCUGCCUGCCAACCACUAUAAAUACAAGACCAAUUUCCAUCAAAUUCAUCAUUCUUCAACAGUCACCCGACCUGUGAAGUCUUUCUGACCCUUCUCCUCUCCCCACCAGCUUCACCCUUGUAAAGUUUUCAGAUCAUCAGAAUUUUCAAAGCCAUAACCAAUUUUUCCAGCAUUUUGCAAGUAUUUACUGAGAGGAAGAAUUUUUUUUUCAAUUUUUCGAAAACCAAGAAAAUGGAAAACAACCCAAAUAACCCAAAUAAAAGAUUCAUCUUUUACCCUCCUCCCGUUGCCGGUCCGUCCUUUCGAGCAAUUCGACCGCCCAACGGAGUCUUUGCAAUAAGCUCACACCCCCCAGUAUUUCGACAUCCUAAUUUUCCUCCAGUUUCGUCUAUUUUUACAAGUUCGAAUCCAGUUUACGUCCCUCGUCAACCUUACGGACGUGGUCAAUCGUAUCAAUUACAUCUAAAACAACAGGUGGCCAAAGAUGACGGAUGGGCAUGGAACAACCAAGAAGUAGUCAAAACCUACAUGCCAAAACCCAAGAGACCGAGAGUGACCUUUCCUGAAGAUAACCAUUACGACAAUUUCGACGGGGUGGAUCGAUACAAAGCUAUGCAGACUGGACUUCGCUCGGAUCUCUUCAACUACUUCACAUAUGAGGACUUUGGCGUUGGCUCGUUCGAUAAUUUGGCUGCCACGAUGUACGACUUGACGCAUGAUGGAGGAAUUAAGAAGCAGGUUAUGAAGGAAGGCUCUGAGACGGAACUCAUUCCCCCAGAAGGAUACAUUUGGAUGCAUUACAUCACCUUCGUAGAAGGAAAUGAAGAACCGAUCGACUCGACCGGUAGCAGGGAACUCUUAGGAUCGCACAAAUUGGGCAAAGGCGAACUCCUCCUUGGAGUUGAAUUCGGUGUGAAAACCAUGAGGGUCGGUGAAAUUUCAAAGUUUCUGUUCGAGCCUGAGUAUGCCUACGGAAAACUUGGAUGCCCAACAGUGAUCCCUUCGAACUCUCGAAUUUUAAUGGUGAUCGAAAUGGUGCGAGCUUCUGCUGUCCCCUUGAAGAAGCCAAUUUUCCAAAUGUCCUCUCGACAAAGGGCAGAGCACAGCUUCGAAGAGAUUUACAAAUGUGCGGACGAGUUGCGAGAGGCUGGAAAUUCCAAAGUUAAAUUUAGCAUGUAUCCCGAAGCAAUUGAAAGAUAUGAAAAAGCGUUGGAAAUUUUGGAGGAGGCGAUUGUAUUCGAAAAGGCGCAAGACGACGCACGCCGUGAACUGAUGUACAAGCUGUUCUCGAACUCUGCUCUCUGUCACCUUCGCAUUGACCAACCUGCUCAAGCCGCUGUCGCCUGCAAAGCAGCCUUGAAGCCGAACAUGCCGGCUCCAAAAAAUGGAAAAGUGUACUUCAGAUACGCAGAAGCAAAUUAUCAAUUGAGGAAGUACGAAGAAGCUUGGAAAUAUAUCAAACUUGCUCUUCAGUUCGACCCCAACGAUUUCGCCCUCCUCGUGUUCCGUCAACAGGUAGAAGAACGUAUCCAGAAAGACAAGAAGGAAUUGGAUGACUUGUACAGAAGGAUGUAUCCUAAUUAUCAGUAGUUGUUAUUUACUACUUAUUGUUGAUUGUUCGUUAGAAGCUUUGAUUGAUCUGAAAGUAGUAAUCGUUACUACAUUGCGACUUGAUUUAUUUUUUUAUA